CGCCGCCGCCGGCCGUGCCCCGCCGCUUGUGUUUAGCUCCCGUCAGUUUUUAAAGCCAAAAAGUUACUUUUUAAUUAUUUUUAAUUUUUUUUUCUUCUGUUUUCUUGUUUUUUUUUUUUUUUUUUUUUUGCGCCGAAACUUCUGCGCCGCGAGAGGAGGCGGGAUGGGGAGGAAGGUGUUCCUGGCCGUCCUCUACCUCUGCCUGCGCUGGGUGCCUGCCCUCGGCGAAGCCAAAAACAAUUUCGAGGGAAUUGAGAGCAAGUUUUCCUUACGGACGCCUGCAGAGCCCGAUGAGGAUGUCUGCUACCUGGUGCCUGGGCAGGUGAACAGCCUGGCACGGUGCAACUUCAAUCACACCAGUAAAACCUUUGUGGUGAUCCACGGCUGGACGGUGACAGGGAUGUACGAAAGCUGGGUCCCAAAGCUUGUGGAUGCUCUGUACAAGAGGGAACCUGAUUCAAACGUCAUUGUGGUUGACUGGCUAGUUCGGGCUCAGCAGCACUACCCAGUGUCUGCUGCAUACACUAAGCUCGUGGGAAAGGAUGUCGCUACAUUUAUUGACUGGAUGGAGGAGCAAUUCAAUUAUCCUCUCAACAAUGUCCACUUGCUGGGGUACAGUCUAGGUGCUCAUGCUGCUGGGAUUGCUGGGAGCUUGACCAAGAAGAAGGUGAACAGAAUUACUGGGCUGGAUCCAGCUGGCCCUACCUUUGAGUAUGCCGAUGCCCCUACCCGCCUCUCCCCGGACGAUGCUGAUUUUGUGGAUGUCCUGCACACCUACACUCGAGGCUCUCCUGACCGCAGUAUUGGGAUCCAGAAGCCCGUUGGACACAUUGAUAUUUAUCCCAACGGUGGGGGUUUCCAGCCAGGCUGCAACCUGGGAGAAGCACUCCGUCUGAUUGCCGAGAAAGGCUUUGGAGAUGUGGACCAGCUGGUGAAAUGCUCCCAUGAACGAUCCAUUCACCUCUUCAUUGACUCCCUCCUCUACGAAGAAAAGCCCAGCAUGGCCUAUCGCUGCAACACAAAGGAGGCCUUUGAGAAGGGUCUCUGCCUGAGCUGCCGCAAGAACCGCUGCAACAAUUUGGGUUACAAGGUCAACAGAGUGAGAACAAAGAGAAACACCAAAAUGUACUUGAAGACCCGUGCUCAGAUGCCCUAUAAAGUCUUUCACUACCAAGUCAAGAUCCAUUUCUUUGGAAAGACCAAUAUGACCAAGACAAAUCAGCCAUUCCUGAUCUCCCUCUAUGGCACUCUAGAUGAGAGUGAGAAAAUUUCUUUCACACUGCCUGAAGUCUCCUCAAACAAGACCUUCUCCUUCCUGAUUUACACAGAAGUGGACAUUGGGGACCUGCUUAUGCUGAAGCUGCAGUGGGAGAAAGACACUUUCUUCAGCUGGACUGACUGGUGGACUCCUUUUACUUUUGACAUUCAGAGAGUCAGAGUGAAGUCAGGAGAAACUCAGAAAAAAGUGGUGUUCUGUUCUCGAGAUGGCACCUCACGUCUCAGUAAGGGAGAAGAGGCAGCAAUAUUCGUGAAGUGCUCAGAGCAGCCCGCCAACAGGAAGAGAGGAGGUGCCAAGAAAGCCUCUAAAGAAAAUUCUGCUCAAGAAUCUGCCUAAGUGACAAGAAUAAAGAUUUUUCCACACUGGGGAGGAGAAGAGUCUGUUCAUCCCUGUGGACUGGAUGUUCAGUACCAAAUAUAUAGAAAUAUUUAUCCGCUGCUGGCUUUUUGCCUGCUAUUCCUAGCUAUCUUAAGAGACUUCUUGUAAGAAAGUCUCAGCAUACGAAGUUACUAACCCUAAAGAUACAUUAUCCAAAUAGUUAAAAACAAGAAGAAACCUGCAAAACAACUUACCAAAGUCUUGAGUGCUGAAAAGGAAUAAGUGAUUUUGCUUAAUCAUGGUGCCUUGUGACAGGGUUUCUUAACAUCAGAUUCUCUACAGCAAUUUUUUAGUAUUUAUUGAAAAAAAACAAAACCAAAGCCCUCUACCUGUGGUGAUUGGUUUAAUUUUAUUUUUUUGUUUGGUGGUUUUUUAGAGUUUUGGUCUGUUUUUUUUUUUUUUGUUGUUGGUUUUCUUUUCAGGAGUCUUUUGAAACUGGACAGAAUUUUUUCUGCUUUGGCUAACUGAAUUUUCAGGCAGUUCAGUGGUGAGAAUUCAUUGUUUUCAAAUGUGUUUUUAGCAAAUAAGUAGGUUUCUCAUGUGAAAAAAAAAACAAAACAAACAACAAAACAGAACAAGCAACUCCUUUGCUCUGUGUGUUACUAGAAGAUGUGAGGGCCUGACUUAAUAUGGGGAUGAAUUUUUUAGUUUGUGGUUGUGAAUGUAUUUUUACUGGGGGUAGAUGCCAGUGCAGCUUAGCAAUAGGUAUAAUGUGUUAAGCUUUUUACUUCUAUGCAGCUUACCCUGGAAUAAAUAACCGUGGUAGGAGAAGGCAGCAAUACAUCAAGUGUCCUAUGCAGACACUGAACAUUUUAUCAUUUUAUCUGUGCUUUCUUUUUUUUUUUUUUUUUUUUUUUUUGAAAAUUAAACCAUUUUAGCCUCCAACACUGUGAAUAAGGCACUGCAGAGGAAUUGAGCUACCAGAAAAACGCAGGAAGCAGAUCUAUUUCCCCCGCCCCCCUCCACCCACCCCACUUGCUCGCGUUCCGUGUGGCAGAACUGGGACAGUUUCCCUGCUCUUUGGCACCCGGCGUCACUCACGCAGCUGAGUGGCUGCUGUGUGCAGUUUUCAGUGCAGGUGAAUCCACUCGACACGUGACAAACGUGCUCACACUUCCCUGUGCUGGAACCGGGACUGCCGGUGGCCCACCCCGGUUUGUUUCUUGGCUCUGAUGCAGUGGAAGGAGCCGCCUGGUUUUUCUGACAGGAGGUGGAAUUCGGCAAGGAGCAGGAGCGCUGUGGUAGUUAAGAGGAGCCUGAUUGUGUUCUGCACAAAAAGGGGUGCUCCGAAAAGCACAGGAAUUAGACAUGCUGCAAGUUGACAAAAAUAGGUAUUUUGAAGGCAUUCUGCUUCCCCGUUUUUAAGCAACAUGUAAUUUUUCUAGUGCGCUGAAAGGUGCAUUAGCCCUCUUUUAGCUUUCUAGAAGAUAAAAUCGUGGGGAGGUAGAAGGGCUUGAAGGUAGACACUUGAAGAAAUGUAAUGUGAGCUGUUGAUGCUGGGUAUUGUGGUCCUUUCCUGCACCUGGAAGACAUCAUGGAGGCAGUGAUUUCUCCAGCAUCAUCCCAUCCUGAAAGCAAAACAAAGAUGUAUGUGUUUAUGUGCAAAGUUUGUUACUCUUUUCCAGCUGUAGCUGCUAGUAUAUUUGGGGAUAAAAGUCUUUAAGAGUGCAAUAUGUUGCAAUAUUAAUAGCCCUGAAAUUGCUCACAUUUGAUUUCCUAACCCUUAAACUACAACAGAGAUGUGAUGAGUCACUGAGGGUGGGGUUGAGUAUUGAACCACUGCAUCUGAGACCUCUAAAAAUAAAUAUAAUGAUUUAUUCCCUAUAGAUUCCAUUGCAAUUGUCUCUUAAGAGUUAAAUUCUUUGAGAAAAAGUAUCUGAACAGCUGUGCUCUUAAUACAGGAUUAAAUACAAACACAUUUAGAACUUGGAUAAAAAACAGUGAAGGUUCUUUCAUGAGGAAACAUGAUUUAGCCUUGGAUGUUAUUUAUUAGCUGUAAAUAAGAUAUUUAUGAGUGUAAAGGUAGUUUGUAUAUAUUGCUAAAGUUGCUGACAGUCUCUGCAUUAAUACAGUUGUGUAGUAUUAAUCCUGUACAUAGCUUUCAGAGAUUUUUAUCAACCAGCCACUUACACUGCAUUAUUUCCUAUGUGGUUAAUACAUUUUUUAUUUUAAGAAAGCUCCUCAGUUUUGUAUAGAAUGGAAACCUGUGGUUUUAAUAAAAUUCUCAAACUGA